AAUACGAACGCAGCGGAGGAAGAAGAAACUCUAGUUCAAGAUGAAGUGGAAGAUGAACCAACAAAAGAUAAAUCCAGACCUACGAAAUUGGGAUGAGUCUCUGCCCAAAUGCGGCUUAUCUUAACGCUUAGAAUAUAUAAGGCUAUCAUUCCAGAGUCUCUGCGUGGGGUUGCUCAUCUUCGUUGUUCAGCACAGGGUUAUCGGGCCAAUGGAGAGGUUCGCUGACCGCCUCCUACUGUCAUGCGGUGACGCGUUGCUUUUCUGCAUGUCUUUUGAGAGUUGGUGCAACUCCGUAAUGCUUCUGAAAACUGUUCGCCUUGCAUUCUUUGCGCUCCUGGUUAAUCUGAUCGAUCUCAAUGAGGUGUGCCAAACGCUGUUGCCGCCUCAUCUCUUGAAGGGACUUCGAAGGAGCCCAGAAGACAAGGCUGACGACUUUUACUAUUCACAUGUGGAUACACGAAGUCCUACGGUGAGGAUCUGAGCCGCUAGCGAGCCGGAUGCAUGCGUUGUGCGUACCGGUAAUCAUGAGAGUGUAGUGUUUCC